AUGGGCUCUCUUCCCGGCGCUAUCCCACCCGUCAGGGUCUUCAUCGUCGGAAUUUCAUACGGCGGCGUCUCUGCGGCGUUGAACCUGCUCGACCUGAGCAGCGGCAAACCUCCUCGUCUCGCUUACACCCCCUACGAGCACCACCCGGACUUCAAGAACAUCCCUCUCGACAUCACCUUCGCCGACGAGCGCGAUGGAUACUUCCACAUAAUCGGCACGCCGCUCGCCUUCGCCGACGCCAAAUACGCAGCAAAGUCCUGGGUCAAGUUUGAAGACAUCCCCGCGCUGAAGCGGCCCAACGUGCGCUUCGUCCAAGGCUCUGUCUCCAAGGUCGACACGGCCACCAAGACGGCCACCGUUCUUGACCACGCCACCCAGCAACCCCGGGACUUCUCAUACGACUUCCUCAUCGCCGCCUCGGGCCUGCGCCGUGUCUUCCCCGUCGUGCCCAAGUCCCUGACGCGGAAACAGUUCCUCCUCGAGGCCGAGGAGCAAAUCCGCUCCGUCCAGGAUGCCCCUGACGGCGUCGUUGUCGUUGGCGGUGGCGCCGUUGGCAUCGAGAUGGCCGCCGAGCUCAAGCUGUCGGAGCCACAGACCAAGGUCACCCUCGUCCACUCCCGCGACAAGCUCCUCUCCUCCGAGGACCUGCCGGACGAUUGCAAGGACAAGGCGCUCGAGCUCACCCGCGAGGCCGGCGUUGAGGUCCUCAUGAGCCACCGCGUCAAGGAGACGCGCAGGCUCGACGCCGCCGCCGACAACGGCCGCCCGCGCUAUGGGAUCGAGUUCACCAACGGCACCCGGCUCCUCGCGUCCCAGGUCAUUAUGGCCAUCUCGCGCAGCGUUCCGUCGACGGACUACCUCUCCGCCGCGGCCAAGGACGCGGAAGGGUACGUCAAGGUGCACCCGAAUUUGGUGCUGUCGGGCGAUGUGCCCAAUGCGCAGGACCACCUCGCCGUCGGCGAUAUUGCGCUCUGGUCGGGCAUCAAGCGUUGUGGCACGGCGAUGCACAUGGGCCACUACGCCGCCAUCAACGCGCACCAGCUCAUGCUGGCCAAGCUGACAGGCCAAACCCACAAGCCCACGUUUUCGGAGCUCGACCACAUCGAGCCCAUGAUCGGCCUGGCAAUUGGCAAGAAAGCCGUUGCCAGCGGGCCCGGGGUGGGCACCACGUGGGGUGAGGAUGUCAUGCAGGCCUACUUCAAGGACGACCUCGGCUUCGACAACUGCUGGAACCACCUGAAGCUGGGACAGGCUCCCGACUCUUGA